CAUGUCAGAGAAUUUACCUUUGGUCAUGGCAUUAGGCUGGAGCUCUCGAACUUCCUCAACGGGCUUGGAACUUGGAGGGGCUCCUUCUGCCUCUUGCCCCUUGCAUUGACUUGUUCUUAUUAGAAGAUUUGCUCUUUAAAGUGGCUUAUCCUUCUGUAAUUGCUCAUUUGGAAUGGGGAAGUGAAUUGAAUGUUGCUUACCGCCAUGAUCCCCAGUAUUGUCUUCAAUCGAGUCUUUGCUUGGGUCUUUAUCCAUGGGCUUGCAGCUCUCAUGAUCCACAGCUUUUUCUCCAAUAUCAUGCUCUUUUUCUGCCGCCGAACGCUCUCUUUCUCAUUGUGACAAGUUGCCAUUGAUUUCCCUCAACUAAUAAUAUAUAUAUAUAUAUUUUUAUUUUAACCCUAGCUUUGAGCAGCAGAAAUGAAGAUGAGAGAUGGGAAAUUACUGUACCAACAAAGAAAAACUGUGGAGACCUUUUAAGAAAAUGCAAGUUACAUGGGAAAUUAUACAAUGCUUUCUGAGACUACAUGGAACAAAGAAUGAUGUUUGGAUCAUCAAAGAAAAACAAUAAAAGCAUGUUUGGAUU